UUGAGAAUGUCAGGAAGGCUGCUGGAGUUCCUUCCUUCCUGAGUUUCUGAGUUGUGUGUGGACAAACUUCCACUACUAGUGCUGCUGAGUGAGAGCUUACACCACAGCCUUACUGAGAGCAAUGGAGAAGCAGGACUCGGACGGGAAGGCGGUAAAGUACUACCGCCUGUCUGAGGUGGAGGAACACAACUCGUUUAAAAGUACCUGGAUUAUCAUCAACCACAAAGUGUAUGAUGUCACCAAAUUUCUGGAGGAGCACCCCGGAGGAGAGGAGGUGUUAAGGGAGCAGGCUGGAGGAGACGCCACAGAGAGCUUCGAGGACGUGGGUCACUCCACGGACGCCAGAGAAAUGUCCAAGACCAUGAUGAUCGGAGAACUGCAUCCGGAUGAUCGGCAUAAGAUCGCCAAACCACCCGAAUCACUCGUAACUACAGUUCGUGAACCCACAAGCUGGUGGACGAACUGGAUGAUACCUCUCCUCGCCGCCGUGAUCGUCACGCUGAUGUACCGUAUAUAUACAACUGAAGAUGCAUGACCGGUGCUCUCUCUUUCUCCCUCUCUCUCUCUUACACACACACACACACACACACACACACACACACACACACACACACACACACACACACACACACACACACACACACACUUUUAGGGGACUGUUGGUGUUCAUUGUCACUGCUGUAUCUAAUUUUCUCAGCACACAUUCUGAACUCCGAUACCCUUAACAUUUCAGGGUUUUUUUUUAUGUACCGUCCAUCAUAGCUAUGAUUUAAUGAAGGUUUUUUUAACAUGCAACUUUCAAGAAUGUCCAUUGUUUUUUUUGUUUUUUUUUCCCCUUUUCUUUGCCUCUAUCAAAGUAAUGAGAUGUACAAGUAUCCACAAGCCGGGAUGAUUUGAUCGUAGACGUCAAUGCUAAACGAUAUAUAUAUGUGUAAACUUGAGACUUUUGUAGCUCUUGCUGUCUGAUUGAUGAUUGUGUUAUCGUUGUGUAAAUAUCAUUAUUAAAUUAGUGUUGCAAGCUUCUGUGUAAUAAAAAUCAGCAGGGUGGCAGUAGCAGCAGAACUUUUAAUUACAUGUAGAAACCUGCUUUAAACACAGUUAGCGACGAGCAGCAUAUACUCACCUGAGGCAUUAUCUGUUCAGUGAUUUUUAUUUUUAAUUUUUAUUUUUAUCCCAAAUAUAUCCAUUUCGGUCCUUAAAGGCAACUCCCUCUUCACUUUAUUCUAGCAUUAUAUCAAUUUUAAUUUUAAGUGAUUUCACACUGGAUUACCACACCAAAGUUUUUUCCUCCCUCACUUAAUGCUGCUGUUGUCUCAUCUUAUUGUACAGGCAUCACCACUGGGUUUAGGACGAGGUUUUCAUUCUUAGUCCUACACAUUUUACUGUUUUCCCCGCUCCUAUUCCACUAGGAUUUAUCUAAUCAGUGAAUAAAUAACACUUUCUGGGGUGAGGUGGGUGUGUUAGAGGAGGGAAAACACUAAAAUGUACAAAGAGGGUUGGUGAAAGAGUAUGUAGGAUCCCUAAACAUAUCCAGUGUCCACUGAUUUGACAAGUAUAGGUGUUGGACUGGUUUAAUUCCAGCUCUAGUGAACCUACAGUACUGGGCAGAAGUCUAGAGCCACUUAUCUUUUCUUCAUAUUUUGCUCCCAAAUAGAGAGACUGUCUUGUAUGUCUCAUGUAGUCUUGAGGAAUAGGUCUCCAGGCUUAUUGAAGACCUCUCAUUUUCAAUUCAGUCCCUUUACUCGCUUUACUUUAGUAAUCUGUCUCCGGUCACAAAUGGCAUGAAUCAUUAGGGUAACGGUGCUAAAGCAUUCAGUUUUAGACAGUUCAGAAAGAUCACUAUGCAUUAUGUGUUCAUAUAUUUUGUAGAAACCUAAGUAUUCACGUUACUAAUAUAUAUUUUUUAAACCCCUUUCUAAUGUGACUCAUAAUGGACCAAAAUAGAAAUAUUCCCCAAAAAAUCUUUACACACACACACACACACACACACACACACUGUUCUGAAACACAGGACAAAAUAAAAAUGAAGGUUGUUGACAUGUUACAGGAGAAAAGCUGUGUGUAAGCUUCGAUGUGACUGACCAACUCAGGAAUAGCAUUACAGUCAACAGAGCGUGGUUUGAGUCCUUCCUCGAUGGAGCAAAUUAAGCUUAUAUGUAAGAGUUGAUUGAAGUUUGGCAUUGUCUUUUUUAAAACAUUUUUAUUGGAUAUAAUAAAGAAGAUAUGAAUUAACUAAUAAACUAAUAAUAAGCAAUAAACUAAUUAUAUGGAAA